AUGUCUAGCAAAGCGCCCUUGUCAACCCUCCAACGAUUAAGACUCAUUUACAAGACCAGCCGUUUCCCUUGGAAGAAGCACAUUAUGGUGGGCUGGGAUCUCGACGGGAAUGAAUACUGGGAAAUGCCCAACCCAAACAACCCUGGAGGACGCUGGAAACGGUGGGUACAGCUCAAGGAGCAUGAUGGGGAUGUGGGUCUGUUUGAAGAAAACAAGUUGCCAGUACAAUGGCAAGCAUGGUUACGCCAUACUCGAUUUGAAGCACCACGUAUCCAAGAAUUGGUUCAAGAACAAAGAAGAUUAGCUAUAUUACGAGAACGAGUACGCAAACUCGAGAUAGCCGAAAGGGAAGAGAAAUUGCGACUCGCCAACAAGCAACACCAAGAGCCGGCAGCAGCAGCAGCAGCAGCACAAGAACAAAAGGAAAAGGAAUUACCGGCAUUUAAGAAGGGAUCUCCAGAAGGUGGUGAUGAACCCGAACCAUGGACACCUAGUGCACCUGCUAGACGUGGAUAA